AUGCUGCGGGCACGGGCCUCGUGGCGCGCCCUCCUGAUCCACGUCCCGGCCUUGCCUGUGGGCACCUCGGAGCCGCUCCGCUCCCGGCCCUCCACCGCUGGCCCUGGUUUGUGUCACCCUGGCAGGGUCCCCGGUCCUCCCGGGGCCUGCCCCGUGGACCCCAGCAGCUCACACGCGGGCCUCGCUGCCCACCUGGCGGUCGGCGCCCUGGGGCCCGGGCUCGGCGCCGAGCAGCCUCGGCCCGGCGGUCAGCCCCGCCCUCGUGGCCCCGCCCUCCCGGCGUUCCCUGUGCGCUGCCGCCCCCUCGUGGCCAUCUGCGGCGUGGCCUCCGUCUUGGCGCCGCUGGGGCCGCCCCUGGCACCCACGCAGGCCGGGGCCCGGCCCCCACAGCGGGCGACUGCGCCCAGCGGGCAACCGACAAGGCCAGGCCACCGCCAGGCCCCCACCCGACCCGUCCCCACGUCCCGCAGCCCACCCAACCCCCUCAGCUCUCCUCCCUCCCAGGGCAGAGCCCAGUUUGGGGGAUGCAGGGACCCCAUCGAUUCCCACGGGGUGCAUACCCUGGGAGACAGCCGUCCGUCCCCCGAGGCAGCCUCGAGCCCAGGGUGUUUCCCUGGGGGCCGGAGGGCGGCAGGUGGCCCUGCCUGGGGCUCUCAGGGCCGGGGUGGGCUCAGGCCCGUGCCCAUCUGGGAACAAUGCGGGGCCCCCACCAGGGCAGGUCCCGGAGAGAAGGUGCGCCUCUCCUUACAACGGCCCUGGGACGAGGGCGACCCCCACUUCAUGGACCUGGGGGCCAGGCCUGUCAGAUGGCCGCUCUCAGCCCAGGCUGUCCAUUCCUGGGAGGACAGAGGGGCCCCUGCCAGCCCCCAGGUCACCCAUGUCUACAGCACCCCCUCCUGGGUGUCCAGGGCUGACCCAGAGCUGUCCGCAAAGGCACACCCAGCCCAGGACCCUGGCCAGAGCUGGAGGCAAGACCUGAGCCCCUCAGCCCAGCCUGUCUGCCCGGGCCCACCUGCCCAAGGCCGCCUGACAGCCACAGAUGGGCGGCCUGGGGGACCGUUGUCACCAGCGGUGACUGCCGCAGCCGCCUGGCACCUGCUGUGGAUACCUCUCGGAGCAGAAGCAUCAGACGCGGCCCAGCCCCGGGGUGCCUGCCUGGGAGCGAGUGGAGACUCUGGGGAGCUCAGGUCUUCGCACCUCAUCCGCAGGCCCACGGGAGCCUGGGUGGGAUGGUGGGAGGGCGGGAGGCGGCAGAGCCCAGGCCCUGCACAGCCAGAAGCCUGGUCCUUCCUGCAGGCAGCCCCACCCCAUGAGGGCUCGCUGACCACGCUCCCUGACCCCUGCCCGCCCAAUGCCCGUGCCAGUGGGGGCCAUAGGGCUUGUCGAGGGCAGGCCAAGGAGCCAUGGGGGGAGGCCGAGGGUUCUGCACCCCACACCCUGGAUCACCAAUGUCGGGGCCCCUUCCCUCCUCAGCCCAAGCUGCCGAAGACUGGAGCCUCUGGGCAGAGCCCCGGCCUGCCAGGUAUCCUUAGACCCAUCACCAUCUCCAGUGCGGCGACUGUCUCCCCGGGACCCCUGGGCAGCCGCGGGAGCUCCCACAACGGAGGCCACUGCCUGGGCCAAACGCCCAGCCUCCUGAGCUCCAAAACAGCCUUUUGCAAACUGGCCCAAAGGGCUCCAGAUCACCAAGGCCCAGCCCUUUCCAAAGUCAAACCUGCCAAGGCCCUGCCAGACCCCUCCCUUCAGACCAGCCCCGUCCAGGGCUCAGAGGAACUAGACCGACUCCCUCUGGGCGCCCUGGCAACGGCAGGACAGCCCUGCCGCACCCCGGCCCACGCCUUGGGCAGGGCCCGGGAGCCCGCGGGGGUCCAGCUCCAGGGCUGGGGCAGCCUGGGGUGGGGCGGGCCGGUCCUGGCCCUGGUCCAGCGCCUGUCCCCUCCCCCUCCCCUCUCGGGGAGGUUUGCGAUCCAGUGUCAUAACCAGUCGGUCCUGUUUGGAGGGAAGGGCUGCGGGUUCUGGGGCAGCCGGGGGCUCAGGCCGGGCACACACGCGCCUCUGAUGGAGACCCCCGGCCUGCAGCACAGCAGCCUGGCCGCCCAGGGCCUGGGCCCGAGCAGUCCCACCACCGCCCGACCCCCAUCGGGGGGAUGA